ACAAAACAAAAUGCCUUCAUUAGAUGACUAGGAAGAAAAGCAAAAAUGAAAAAAAAAACUAUUAUUCAUCUCUAAAAGAGAAGAAGAAGAAGCACGUGGACGAAAAAAAAAACUAUUUUGUGUAAAUCAAACGAACCAAAACUGCAUUUUUGAACGUUUCAUAUAUUUUUUUCUGUUGAAAAAGUUAUUAUUUAUUUAAGCAGAGGCGAGCGUAAAACCAAUAGUAGUUUAUUAUUAUCCCCUAUAUGAAAUAUAUAUUAAAUAAUUAUUUUGCCAGGCGUAAUUCGGUUCUGCUAAGUUUUUUUUUUAUGAUUAGUUAGACUAGAUGAAAUAAUAGUUAGAAAUGAACACACACGGGGUGGGCAAUGAAACAGAAUGAAUGAACUUAGUCACUCGCGCCUUUCAUUUUUACUAGGGUUAGGAAAGUUUUUGCUACUAGUUACUAGUACUUCAACUACUACGACUACUACUAUUACUACUGUAUAACUAUUGCUACAAUAACUAUUACCAUAGCCACAUAGUAUAUAAUAAUGGUGAGUCAUACAAUCAAGAACAGGAAAAAAGAGAACGAGAGGCAAAAAAUGAAAAUGCAAGUUAUAAUGUUGAAAAAGUGAGAAAAAAGCAAAGCAGAAAAGUGGCCUCAAACAAAAACAACCAAAACAUUCUCGCGAAAGCUGUACGUUAACAAUAAUCAAAAAAAAAACGAGGCGUAACGACGCUUAAAAAGCACACACACAAACAAAUAAAACACACACUUUAAUCAAGUUCUUCACCCCCUUUCGGCUCAAAAGCAACGAACGCUGUGUGGAAGGCCUGCAAUAUCCUGUGUUUUGUUUCGCUUCGCUUUUUCGGUGCCAAUAGACGGAGAGAAGUACAUUGUUAGUUAGUGGCGAAUGCUUCGGCAGCGGUUUGUGGAAGCACAGUAGGCCUAUUUGUUAGUUGGGAUAUUCUACAUACAUGAGCUUACUUGGAUCUAGUUUUUAGUGAGCGAAGAGAUGAUUUCAAUGUUAUGGUUAAGUUUUUUUUUCUUCUAUGGUUAUAAUUUGUUUGUUAGCACAGUGUUAAGAUAGGUUUAGAUGGAUAGUAGUUAGUUAUAUGCUAGUUGCGGAGAAAAUCGUAUCAGAGGAAACCAAUUCGGUUCCUCGCAAUGGAAUUGUAAGAGAAACGAAAAUAUUCUUUAUUAAACUAAUA